AUGGCCAAUCUCAUCCGCUAUGCCAAGUCGGGCAGCGACUGGACGCAAAACGACCUCGAUGCGUACAAUAUCAAUGUCCGACUGGAAAACGCGACCGCCUUCUUUGGAGUCGAGGACCUGCCGCCACCCUCGAUUGACCAGGAAGUGUUGACGACACUGGACGCGGCCAACAUGGCGUCCGUCCCCAAUGCCGUGCUCAUCAACCUCCUCGACCUCGCAAUGGCUCCGGAGCCCAACGGAGAGUCCGCGGUCGACGACUUUGCCGUCGCGUUGUUCACAAACCUCGGCUAUGUCAAUCAACACAGAGUCGCUCGCACUCGCAAGAACAUCCCUUUCCUGAUAUGCGGAGAACGCAGGUAUGCCAAGGCAGAUGUUUGUCUCAUCGAUCGUCGCGAGAACGACAUUCUUCUCGUCGUUCAAGAGGACAAGCGCUUUCGAGAGGAUCCGCUUGCUGUCCGAUGUCAGCUGAUCGCUGAGGCGAUCGCUGCGUUCAGCUAUAGUAACGGGCUCCGGGAGUCAGCGGGUCUAGAGCCCCUGGAAUCGAAGAUCAUGCCGGGCAUCGUUCUCGUUGGCACAACGCCUACCUUUUAUAAGAUUCCUGUCACCGCCGAGCUCGCGCGCCAUAUCGCUCAUGGCACAUACCCGGUAGAAAGAACCGUUGUUUCCUCGCAUGUCCCCGAUCUGCCUCGGCCAACACGCCGUUACAGUGAAGGCAUGAAGCCUUUGGAUAACAGGCAGGCGAUUCUUCGCUGCUACGAGGCAUUCAAACGUGUUGUGGGUAUAUAG